AUGGGAGAGGGAGAGCAAGCGAGGGCGGCGUGUGCGCGGCGUGAGGGUGGGAGCAGCAGGAUUUACUCGGAUGGCGCUGUCUCCCCCUCCGGAAAUCGCGCUUACUCCGCGGGGGGGAGAGCGCAGGGGCCGGGGGGCAGCGUGGCGGCGCAGGCAGCGGGUGUGGAGGGGGCAGCGGCGGGCGAGGGCGGGGAGCAGAGCGGAUCCGCCACCACCCACUUCGGGUACCGCGCGGUGCGCGAGGAGGAGAAGGCGGUGCUGGUGGGGGGAGUAUUCUCGUCGGUGGCGGACAAGUAUGACGUCAUGAAUGACGUCAUGAGCGGGGGUCUGCAUCGCCUGUGGAAGGACAGGCUGGUGCGAGCGCUGCACCCCUUCCCCCACAUGCACCACCUCGACGUGGCGGGCGGCACAGGUGCACAUGGGGUCAUGGGGGCAUGGGGCAUGGGCGUGGGCAUGGGUGCAUGGGAGUAUGGAGGCAUGGGGGUUUGGGGCCAUUGGGGCAUGGGGCCAUGGGGGCAUGGCGACAUUGCAUUCCGUGUGCUGAGAGCCAUUCGCGAUGCGGAGGCGGAUCCACGGCGCAUGGCGGCUGGUGCAGGGGCAGGGAGGAGCGGGGGGGAGGGGGAGGGAGAGGGGGCGGGGAGGGGGGCACGGGUGAUAGUGUGUGACAUCAAUGCGGACAUGCUGCGCGUGGGGCAGCUCAGGGCGCAGCAGCAAGGCUUGGCAUCAGAUGCAGCGUUGGAGUGGGUGCAGGGCGAUGCGGAGGACUUGAGUGCGGUGGUGGCGGACGGCAGUGUGGACGCCUACUCCAUUGCCUUUGGCAUCCGCAAUGUCACGCGCAUCCACCGCGCCCUCUCUGAGGCCCACAGGGUGCUGCGCAAGGGAGGCCAGUUUGCAUGUCUGGAGCUCAGCCAUGUGGAGGACCCUCUCUUCAGGGCACUCUACGACCUGUACUCCUUCAAUGUCAUUCCAGCCAUUGGCCAGGCAGUCACUGGGGACAGGGCAUCAUAUAAGUAUCUGGUGGAGAGCAUUCGCAAGUUCCCAACCCAGAGGAGAUUUGUUCACAUGAUGGAGCAAGCAGGAUUCAGAAAUGUGUCAUACGAGAACAUGACAGGUGGUGUUGUGGCACUCUUUACAGGCUUCAAGUUGUAG